CUCUGCAACUCCUGAUUACAACACCAACGCCCUAAUUUAAUUUUACUGUGAUUCACUCUUACUUCAAUGCUCCCACAGAUCUGAAUCACUACUCGCUCAUUCACCCAUUCCUCCAUUUCCUACUUCAUGCCAUUCCUUUGACCUUCGAUUCUUCCUCUCAGCUCUCCCUCCGCCCGCAAUGUCGUCGUUGCAACGCCUCACCGCCAUUUCAGAGGACUCACAACACCCGCCCGAAUCCGCCAUCGCUCUCAGAGAUUCCCCCGCCGCCGCCCCAAACCCUAGCUACUCAUGCCGCCACUUGUCCGACCUCCGAUCCCGCCUCGGCCCCGACCCCUUCCUCAAAUUCCGCGGCUGCAUCCGCGUCCGCCUCCCCGGCCGCGCCUCCAUCUCCGCCCCCGUCAGGUGCGACGUCUGCGGCCGCGCCCCGCCCCGCCUCUUCGCCUGCGUGUCGUGCGCCGCCGUCGGCUGCGGCGAGCACGCCCCUCCGCACGCGGCGGACGCCUCGCACCACGUGCUGGUCGACGUCGGCCGGGCCGAGCUCUUCUGCUUCGCCUGCAGGGACCAGGUCUACGACCGCGACUUCGACGCCGCGGUAGCCGCCGCCGCCGUCGGAGGCGGGCCCCUCCCCCCGACGGAGAGCGUGCGGAAGCGCAGGCGUGUGGAUUACAAACCCUGGGCGCCCGAUCUUAAUGAGCUGGCGUUGAUCGCGGAGAAGUCGAGCCCUCUGCCGCCGAGUCGAAUCGAAGGGGGCGCUGUGUUGCCGUGGGGGCUGAGGGGACUCAGCAAUCUGGGGAAUACUUGUUUCAUGAACUCCGUUUUGCAGGCCUUACUCCAUACGCCGCCGCUGAGGAACUAUUUCCUGAGUGAUAAGCACAAUCGGUACUACUGCGAGAGAGAAAACAGAACCAUCGUCACGCGCAAGACCGAUGCUGCUAAAGGCAACAAUAAGAAUUUGCAGCUGUGUCUAGCGUGUGAUUUGGACGCCAUUUUCUCGGCCGCCUUCUCCGGGGAUCGGAUGCCGUAUAGCCCAGCAAAAUUCUUGCAUAGUUGGUGGCAGCAUGCUUCAAACCUUGCGAGUUAUGAACAACAGGAUGCUCAUGAAUUUCUCAUUUCCAUGCUUGACACCAUUCAUGAAAAGAUGCAGAAAGAUGUGCGCAAGCCCCAUAGUCAAGGCAGUGGAGAUUGUUGUAUUGCCCACCGUGUAUUUUCUGGCAUCCUUAGAUCUGAUGUCAUGUGCACAUCUUGUGGUUUCACAUCUACGACAUAUGAUCCAUGUGUAGAUAUUUCGUUGGACUUGGAACCAAAUCGUGCCAGUUCUACAAAAAUGGCAUCUGUAAAAUCAAACUAUUCUCUCUACAAGGAGGCAAAUUCACUGAAUUCCGGUGUUUCUACAUUGGUCGGGUGCCUUGAUCAUUUCACAAGACCUGAGAGAUUGGGGUCUGACCAGAAAUUCUUCUGCCAGAAGUGUCAAGUGAGACAGGAAUCGCUUAAACAAAUGUCCAUAAGAAAGCUUCCUCUGGUUUCUUGCUUUCAUAUCAAGCGGUUUGAGCAUUCACCAAUCCGUAAAAUGUCUAGAAAGGUUGACCGCUAUUUGCAGUUUCCAUUUUCUCUGGACAUGGCGCCAUACCUCUCGUCAUCCAUUCUCAGAAGUAGGUACGGAAACAGAAUCUUCCCAUAUGAUGGGGAUGAACAAGAGGCAUCCAGUGAACUUUCUUCGCAGUUUGAGUUAUUUGCUGUGAUUACACACUCGGGUAAACUUGAUGCUGGUCACUAUGUGACUUAUUUGAGACUAGGUAAUCAAUGGUACAAGUGCGAUGACGCUUGGAUAACUCGAGUAAAUGACGACGUUGUCAGGGCUGCGCAAGGAUACAUGAUGUUCUAUGUGCAGAAAAUGCUCUACUACAGAGUGAGUGAAAGUACGUGCGCUGCUUGAGCCUGUUUGGUGAGAAUCAAAUGUGCCCUUGCUCUCUUGAUAUCUGCAUGUGCACUCUGCGUGGAAUUUUUCUCGAGCAACGGGAUAAGGCUGGGAUGCUGCUAGUUCAGUGAAGGGUGCUAAGGGCUGCAUCCAAAUAACUCCUGCGAUGGUGUUAGUUCGGGUUACCAGGUACGCCGGGAUGGGCAUUUUGGUUGGAGAUUGUGUGUGUCUCCAUUGAAGCCUUGGUGUUAUUCUUAGUUUCGAUCAGAUUUUGCUGUUCAUGGAAAGAAACAAAUAAAUGGUCUGUUUCGAUUCUUUUGUUUUCCCAUAAUGAUAAUUCUACUGUGGGGAAGUAUCAGACUAACUAGAUGUGGGUAUACAGAAAAGCUCAAACAAUACUCUUAUUACAAACUUUCUUCUGUUGGAGAUCAACUCAUUUAAGAACUCUGUUUUUCCUUCA